CCUCCCCACAGGCAGGGCCGCCCAGAGGCGGAGACAGGCCGGGGUUGGGCCUGCUCCGCGCCGCCCCUUCCUCCUCCUCCCGCUGCUCGAUGCCGGGCCCGGGAGCGGCUGAAGGGAGGCGCCGAGACGCUGCAGCCCGCCUGGCUGGGCCUUGGCUCCGCAGCCCGAGCGGCCUUGGCCGGCGCGUGAGAGACGCCGGUGGGAUCAAGAAACUUGGCGCCCGUGGCUGCUGAUUCCUACCAGGGCAUCUCCCGAGAUAACUUUCCACCAUGUUUAAUUUGAUCAAAAAGGACCGAGAGGGGUCCAGGAGGGAAAAGAAGGAGAAGAAAGAGAAAAAGGAACGGAUGUCCGCAGCCGAGCUGAAGAGCCUGGAGGAGAUGAGUCUGCGCAGGGGCUUUUUCAAUAUCAACCGGACCUCCAAGAGGGACUCCAAGAACCGGCUGGAGAUCUCCAACCCCAUCCCCAUCAAGGUGGCCAGCGGCUCGGACCUGCACUUGACCGAUAUCGACUCGGACAGCAAUCGGGGGAGCGUGAUCUUGGAUUCGGGGCACCUCAGUACGGCCAGCUCCAGCGAUGACCUCAAAGUGGACGACACCACCUUCAAGGGGUCCGUGCUGCAGCGGGCGGCCAAGUUCGGCUCGCUGGCCAAGCAGAACUCCCAGAUCAUCGUCAAGAGGUUCUCCUUCUCGCAGAAGAGCCGCGACGAAAGCACCUCGGAGCCCUCCACGCCGUCUGAACACUCGGCUGCCCCUUCUCCGCAGGUGGAGGCGCGGACGCUGGAGGCUCAGCUUGCCAAACAGGGUGUGGCCCCGGGGCCUCUGCGCCCUUCCAUGAUGUCUGCCUCCCGAGCCAGAUUGCCCGAGGUGGUCAGCAAGAGGUUCCCAGCGGAUCUGAAGCUCCCUACGGUGGUGCCCCCGAAGCCCCCGGUCCCCAGGCAGCUGGAGCUGCAGCGGCGCAACACGGGGGACUUUGGCUUCUCUUUGCGGCGCACCACCAUGCUGGACAGGACUCCGGAUGGGCAGGUCUACAGGAGGGUGGUGCAUUUCGCAGAGCCGGGGGCCGGCACCAAAGACCUCGCUCUGGGCUUGGUGCCAGGGGACCGGCUGGUGGAGAUCAAUGGCCGCAACGUGGAGAACAAGUCCCGGGACGAGAUUGUGGAGAUGAUUCGGCAGUCGGGGGACACGGUGCGCCUAAAAGUGCAGCCUAUCCUGGAGCUGAGCGAACUGAGUCGCUGCUGGCUGAGGAGUGGGGAGGGCCUUUGUCGAGCAGCCUUUGAUCUGGAGCCCCCGAACCCUGCGGCUGCACUAAGCCAGGUACUGUACCCCAGCGCGCCGGAUCGCCCUCCACCUCCCACCUGCCUCUGGGCUGAUGUCUGUGCUCGUGCCUCCUGCUGGAGUGCAAAGACGGAGGAGCAGAUUGCAGCCGAAGAGGCCUGGUAUGAAACAGACAAAGUGUGGCUGGUCCACAAAGAUGGCUUCUCCUUAGCGAGCCAGCUGAAGACCGACGCUGCUGGUCUUCUCCCUGAUGGGAAGGUCAAGGUGAAGUUGGACUAUGACGGGGCUGUGCUCGAGGUGGAUGAAGAUGACGUGGAGAAGGCCAACCCUCCAUCUUGUGACCGUGCGGAGGACCUGGCGGGCCUCGUCUAUCUCAACGAGUCCAGCGUCCUGCACACUCUGCGCCAGCGCUAUGGCGGGAACCUCGUCCACACCUACGCCGGGCCCAACAUGGUCGUCGUCAACCCUCUCAGCUCUCCAUCCAUGUACUCUGAAAAGGUGAUGCACAUGUUCAAGGGGUGCCGCAGAGAAGACACCUCCCCCCACAUCUACGCCAUGGCCCAGGCUGCCUACCGCAACAUGCUGAUGAGCCGGCAGGACCAGUCCAUCGUCCUCUUGGGCAGCAGCGGCAGCGGCAAGACCACCAACUGCCAGCACCUGGUGCAGUACUUGGCCACAGUCGCCGGCAGCUCCGGAAGGGUUUUCUCAGUGGAGAAGUGGCAAGCUCUCUACACCAUCCUGGAUGCCUUUGGCAACAGCAGCACCAGCUUGAACGGCAACGCCACUCGCUUCUCACAGAUCAUCUCGCUGGACUUCGACCAGGCGGGCCAGGUGGCUUCUGCCUCCAUGCAGACGAUGCUGCUGGAGAAGCUCCGGGUAGCCAAGCGUCCCGCCAACGAGGCCACCUUCAACGUCUUCUACUACUUGCUGGCCUGCCCAGACAACGCCCUCCGAAUCUGUGGAGGUACUUUGGAGGCCAGGAAGGAUCCCAGCGAAGCCAGAUGUGGCACUUCUAAAGCCCAUUUGCUGGAGUGGAGACAUCUGUAUGUGGAGGUAUCAGAGAAACCAGGACGGAUUGGAGAGGAGGCCAGGGCCACCCUCCCUGCGUCUGGAGGGUCCAAGGGCCCACGAGAAAGCAGCAGCAGAGAAAAGCUGCACUGGGAAGGGCGCUUAAAAAUGGGGGCCUUCCUGGAAGCCUCCGGGCUGUUGGGGACAUCUCUGCAGGUGCGCUCCCUCGCUCGGACCGACGAGGCCCGCGGCCUGCUGUGGCUACUGGAGGAAGAGUCCCUUCAGCCAGGAGGCAACGAGGACACCUUACUGGAACGGCUGUUCACCUACUACGGCCCACAGGAUGGGGACAAAAAAGGCCAGAACCCCUUGCUGCGGAGCAGUAAGGCGCGACACUUCUUCCUGGGCCACAGCUACGGCACCAACUGGGUGGAAUAUGACACCACCGGCUGGCUGAGUUACGUCCGGCAGAAUCCUGCAUCCCAGAAUGCCUUGCUUCUUCUGCAGGGGUCUCAGAAGAAGAUCAUCAGCAGCCUCUUUGUGGGCCGAGCCGGGACUGGCAUGGUGCUGUCCGGCUCCAUCGCUGGCCUGGAGGGGGGCUCCCAGCUUGCCCUGCGCAGGGCCACCAGCAUGCGGAAGACCUUCACCACUGGGGUGGCGGCCAUGAAGAAGAAAUCGCUGUGCAUCCAGAUCAAGCUGCAAGUGGAUGCGCUGAUCGAGACCCUCAAGAAAUCCAAGCUCCACUUCGUCCACUGCUUCCUGCCCAAGGCGGAUGGCUGGAGUGUGGACCCCAGGGGCCUGGGUGCACGAAGGGUCAGCACCAGUGAGCUGGACCUGCACGGAGAGCACUGCGAGGCUGGGCUGAUGCAGCUGGACGUGCCCCUGCUGAGGGCCCAGAUCCGGGGGUCCCGCCUCCUUGAUACCCUUCGGAUGUACCGUCAAGGUUACCCCGACCACAUGGUCUUUGCGGAAUUUCGACGCCGCUUUGAUGUCCUGGCCCCUCACCUGACAAAGAAGCACGGGCGCAAUUACAUCGUUACGGAUGAAAAGCGGGCGGUAGAGGAGCUCUUGGAAUCGCUGGAGCAGGAGAAGAGCAGUUUCCACAUGGGCCUGAGCCGGGUGUUUUUCCGAGCAGGAACCUUGGCCAAGUUGGAGGAGCAGCGCGAUAAGCAGAUGAGCAGAAACAUCACGCUUUUCCAGGCUGCCUGCCGGGGCUUCCUUGCCCGCCAGCAGUUCAAGAAGAGAAAGAUCCAAGACCUGGCAAUCCGCUGCGUUCAGAAGAACAUUAAGAAGAACAAAGGAGUGAAGGAUUGGCCUUGGUGGAAACUUUUCACUACUGUCCGGCCCCUCAUUGAAGUCCAGCUCACGGAGGACCAGAUCCGGGGCAAAGAUGAAGAGAUCCAACAGCUGAAAAAUCGGCUGGAGAAGGUGGAGAAAGAGCGCAACGAACUGCGGCUGACCAGUGACCGCCUGGAGAGCAAGAUCACAGAGCUGACCUCGGAGCUGACUGACGAGAGGAACACGGGAGAAUCUGCCUCGCAGCUCCUGGACGCGGAGACUGCAGAGCGGCUGCGAGUGGAAAAAGAUAUGAAGGAGCUACAGACCAAGUACGACGGCGUCAAGAAGCAGAUGGACUCCAUGGAGAUGGAGGUGAUGGAGGCCCGUCUGAUACGUGCUGCGGAGCUCAACGGGGAGGUGGACGAUGAUGACUCCAGUGGCGAAUGGCGCUUGAAGUAUGAACGUGCCAUCCGGGAGGUUGAUUUCACCAAAAAGCGCUUGCAACAGGAGCUGGAGGACAAGCUGGAGGUGGAGCAGCAGAGCAAGAGACAGCUGGAGAGACGUCUGGCUGACCUGCAGGCUGACAGCGAGGAGAGCCAGCGUGCCCUGCAAACCCUGAAGAAGAAAUGCCAGCGCCUGACAUCUGAACUGCAAGACACCAAGCUGCACCUGGAAGGCCAACAGGGCCGGAAUCACGAGCUGGAGAAGAAACAGCGCAGGUUUGACAGUGAGCUCUCCCAGGCUCACGAGGAGGCCCAGAGGGAGAAGCUCCAACGGGAGAAGCUGGCCCGAGAGAAGGACAUGCUCAUCGCCGAGGUCUUCAGCCUGAAGCAACAACUGGAGGAGAAAGACUCCAACAUCGCCCUGUACACGCAGAAAGUGGAGUCGCUGGAGGCCGAGCUGCAGGACCUCUCCUCGCAGGAGUCCAAAGACGAGGCUUCCCUGGCCAAAGUCCGGAAGCAGCUCCGGGAUCUGGAGGCCAAGGCCAAAGACCAGGAGGAGGAGUUGGAUGAGCAGGCGGGCACGAUCCAGAUGCUGGAGCAGGCCAAACUCCGGCUGGAAAUGGAGAUGGAGCGGCUACGGCAGACGCACGCCAAGGAGGUGGAGAGCCGGGACGAGGAGGUGGAGGAGAUCAGGCAGUCGUGCCAGAAGAAGCUGAAGCAGAUGGAGAUGCAGUUGGAAGAGGAGUACGAGGAGAAGCAGAAGGUGUUGCGAGAGAAAAGGGACCUGGAAAGCAAACUGGCCACCGUCAGCGACCAGGUUAACCAGCGGGACUUUGAGACAGAGAAGCGGCUGCGGAAAGAUCUGAAGCGCACCAAGGCCCUCUUAACGGAUGCUCAAGUCAUGCUGGACCACCUGAAAAACAAUGCGCCCAGCAAGCGGGAGAUUGCUCAGCUUAAAAAUCAGCUGGAAGAGUCGGAGUUUACCUGUGCCGCUGCGGUGAAAGCGCGCAAAUCCAUGGAGGUGGAGAUCGAGGACCUUCACUUACAGAUCGACGAUCUUUCCAAGGCCAAGGGGGCGCUGGAAGAACAACUGAGCCGCUUGCAGCGGGAGAAGAACGAGGUGCAGAGUCGCCUGGAGGAGGACCAAGAGGACAUGAAUGAGCUGAUGAAGAAGCACAAGGCAGCCGUGGCUCAGGCUUCCCGGGACUUGGCUCAGAUCAACGACCUUCAGUCGCAGCUGGAAGAUGCCAACAAGGAGAAGCAGGAGCUGCAGGAGAAGCUGCAAAGCCUUCAAAGCCAGCUGGAGUUCCUUGAGCAAUCCAUGGUGGACAAGUCUUUGGUCAGCAGGCAGGAGGCCAAGAUCCGCGAGCUGGAGACACGCUUGGAGUUUGAGAGGACGCAAGUGAAGCGCCUCGAGAGCUUGGCCACCCGACUGAAGGAGAACAUGGAGAAGCUGACGGAAGAGCGGGACCAGCGGACGGCCGCUGAGAACCGGGAGAAGGAGCAGAACAAACGGGUGCAGCGCCAGCUGCGGGACACCAAGGAGGAGAUGGCCGAGCUGGCCAAGAAAGAGGCUGAGGCCAGCCGCAAGAAGCACGAGCUGGAGAUGGACCUAGAAAGCUUAGAAGCAGCCAACCAGAGCCUGCAGUCGGACCUGAAGCUGGCCUUCAAGCGGAUCGGGGAUCUUCAGGCUGCGAUCGAGGAUGAGAUGGAAAGCGAUGACAACGAGGAUCUGAUCAACAGUUUGCAGGACAUGGUGACAAAGUACCAGAAACGCAGGAAUAAGCUCGAGGGUGACUCGGACGCUGAUUCGGAGCUAGAAGAUCGUGUGGAUGGCGUGAAGUCCUGGCUCUCCAAGAACAAAGGCUCUUCCAAAGCGGUCUCGGAGGACGGCAGCUUGAAGAGCAGCAGAUCAGCCGUGCCCUCAGUGGUCCGAGAGGGCAAAGAGGCUAAGGAGGUGGAGGAGAGGCCUGUAUCAGUCAUGAGUUCCCUGAGCUACAGGAAGCGGACCAACCUCAAGGACUCCAUCGGGGGCAAAGGGGACGAGGAGACCCUCUUCUCCACCCUGAGCGAACGCUCUGCCUCUCCCGACCGCUCCUUCCGUAAAUCCAAGCGACAGUUGGCUGCCGGCUCAUUGGAGGAGAACACUUCCCUGGCCUCGUGGAAGAAGCCGGCCGGGGCUGGCGACCUGGACGAGAGGGGCUCGGUCCUUUCCGAGGUCAGCAGCCACGCCCGCCGGGGGCUGGAGAAGCACUCCUCUCUCUCGGCGGCCGAGCUGGAUAAGGCAUCGGUCCUGUCCGCCCCGGUCAGUCGCAGCGGCGCCUCUUGGUGCGGCCUGGAGCCCCGCGAGGACGACACCAGGUCGUCCCUGAGCUUCGCCUUGUCCAGCCCCGGCAGCUUGAGGCGGAGCACCUCCCGCCUGGAUGACCUCAGCCCUCCCUACAGCCGCCCGGCCUCCCACCUCUCUUUGGGCCGCUCUGAACUGGACGAUGCGUGCAGCGUGGCCCUGAGCGAUUCCCGCUCCUUGUACAGCCAGCACUCGCUCACCCGCAGCCUCUCUGUGCCCCCGCGGCCUCGCAGCUCGGCCUCGGGCGACCUGCAGGCGGAAGACCCCGACAUCCGGCCCGUCAGCCACCGCAGCUACCUGGAUCCAGACCUGGAGGCGGCCAUCCACGAGGUGCUAAACUACAAGCCCGUCAAGUUCAAGCGCUCCAGCCUGGACCCGGACUCCGAGGACGAAGACGACCGGAGGAGCGUGCGGAGCACCAAGAGCUCCUUCGUGGAGGCGGCCGAGCGUCCUGCCAGCAGCCUGCGCAGGUCUGCCUCGGCCAUGGAUUUCUCCCGGCCUCCCGGCACGAAGGGCAAGAGCCGGAAGAGGAGCAGCAGCUCCUCCAGCAGCUCUUCCUCGUCUCCGGAGAGGCAAAAGAAAAGCUCCAAGAAGCACUCCAAGAAGUCCAAGAAGAAGAAGAAGAAGCACCAGCGGUCCUCCUCGGAGUCGUCCUCCAGCUCAUCGUCGGGCUCCACCGUCUCCUACCGCAGCAACUCCAGCAUCAAGAAAGGUCCCAAGCAGGCAGGCUCGCCCUCCGAGGAGCAGGACGCCAACGGUGCCAGGGAGGGGCAGGAGGCCGGGAAGUCCAGCAAGCAGCUCAAGAAGGAGGAGAAGCAACGCAAAAAGCAGGUGGACAGCCUGAUGAUGAAGUACCUCUAUCGGCCAGAGAGCGACUAAGCCCCCCAGGCUAUCGGAAGUCGUUUACCUACGACAAGUCAGACGAGGAGCGAGACAUCUUUGACAGUGCUCUCCGGUCCAAGCGCUCCUCUCGGAGCUACCUGAGCGACAGCGACUCUGAGAGCAAGCCGGCAGA